AUAUAAAUGUAUAUAUUAAAUAUAAUAAAUAGAUAUAUGUACAUAUGUCGUUGUUAGUAUGGAUCGAUAUUAUUCUUUCGGCCAAAUAGUAUCAGCAUAUUCUACAAGCGAAAAUAAGAAGAUAAUAUCAUAUAAACGUAGGCUAAAAAUUGCUUUAUUAAAAAAUUAUAAAAAAAUGCGAGAUGAUAAUGGGAGGACUGAUUAAGAAUAUUUAACUAUAUAUAUUAGUUUCAUAAUUUUUGAAAAUACAGCAUUGACAUCUAUAAAAAAUUGAACGAGUUAGUGAACAUAGUUUCGAUAAGCAAAUACAGAUAAGAGAAAAACUACUAACAUAUUUCUACAUCGAACGAAAAUCAGUCCAUUAUUAUUUCGUAUUUUUCUUAUAAUUUUUUAAUAAAGUAUUUUUUUGUGCCUAUAUUUAGAUCACAGUUUUUUCUUAUAUUUUCGCCGGUAGAAUAUACUGAUACCGUUUGGCCGAAAAAACUGGGACACCCUAUAUAAAAUGAUAUUGGUUACAGACACAACGUUGUUUGAAUAACGAUACGACGCUGCAAUAGAAAAUAGGAGCAAAAGAGAGUCAGUUGAUGAUCUUUAAGGAGAGAGACAGUGACAGUAGUAGCAGCAGCAGUAGUAUUAAGGGUCCACCAUCCAAGAAGAAAUUGUACACCCAAAAAUUCAAAGAUUCAUGGUUGAGUGAACCUGUUUUUGCCCCAUGGUUGGCCAAGUCAUCAAAAAGCAACCUUGAGGCCAAGUGUCAUGUCUGCAAUAAGGUGUUUUGUGCAAAACGAAGUGCCUUAGUGCAACACGAAAAAACUGUGGCCCACCAAGAACAGAUGCGUGUUUCAGGAAAAGGAGUAAACACUGAAAUGUUGCAAUUACUAUGUCAUAAAGGAAGCAUUAAAAGGGCAGAACUCAGGUAUGUGUUAGACAUAGUGGAACAUGGUAGGAGUUUCAACUCUUGCGAUCGCUAUGUUGACACAAUUCCAGAUGUUCAUGCGGAAUGCAAUUGCAGUUGCCCUACUAUACAAAAUUUAAGGUUGAAACGUACAAAAGUCAGUGCUUUAAUUAAAAAUGUCAUUAACAAGGCAAUUAUCGAAAAGGUAGCUAACAUUUUGAAACAUACAUUUUUUUCUAUAUUAAUUGGUGAAAGUACAGAUGCAGAAAAUAGUAACAAUUUUGCUAUUUUAGCACGCUAUAUCCAUGAGAACAAAAUUCAUAGCUAUGUUCUAGAGUACAUUAGUAUUAAAAGUGGAACUGCCGAUAAUUUAUUUAAAUGUUUUGAAUAUGCUCUAGCAAAGCACAACAUUCCAAUAAAAAAUAUUGUUGGAAUCUCUAGCGAUAAUGCUAAUGUCAUGGUGGGAGAACAUCCUUCCUUUAUAACAUUAUUCAAAGAAAGAAAUUCAGAGGUAGUUAUAAUUCCCUGUAUUUGUCAGAAGCUAAACGUCAUUGCAAUUGAGGCAUGUAAAUUCAUUCCAGAUAAUGUAAAUAAAUUAAUGCAUCGUAUCUUUAACUACACUGGACAAAGCGGUAAGAGGAUACGUGAAUUGGAGGAAUUACAAAUUUUUGCGUCAAGACAUAGAAUGGUUGAACCAUUAAAAACCAAAUGGUUGUCAAUGAGUAAAUGCAUCCCAAGGCUAUUAGAACAGUGGGCCGUUUUAUUAGCAUAUUUUGAAGACGAAAAUAACGUAUGCGCCACAGAAAUUCUUGAAGAUCUAAAUUCACUGUACACUAAAGCGUACUUAGAAUUUUUCAAUUACAGUUUGAAAAUAAUAACACGGUACCAUACUACUUUCCAAAGUAAAGAAAUCCAGAUUAGCACCAUGAUAGAACAAUGCCUUGAACUAUUAAAAGAUUUAGGUUGCAAUUUUUUGAAAUUAAAUCUGAUACAUAACAUAAAUUUACACAAAGUAGAUCCUUACAAUGAUAGAAAUUUACUACCUCUGCAUGAAAUGAAUAUUGGUUCAAAAACUAAAUCCACUAUUAGUCAAUGCGUAGAAUCCGAAAAAAUUAAACAAUUUUACACAAAUUGUCAGAAUUUUUAUCAAGCAGCUUUUAAAGGUGCAGUUGAUAAACUACCAUUUAAUGAUAUAUUUUUUAAAUCAUUAAAAUUUUUACAGCCGUCUGUUGCUCUAGACAUCCAGAAACAUGAAAACCACAUUGAAAAUAUAUUGCAAGUGUUCAAAUCAAAAUUUGAUGAUGAAGACGUAUUGCAGGAGUGGUAUUUUCUUGGAUUUCUGGAGGAAAAGAUAAAGAAUGAGUUACUAUCAUUAAGUAUAAAUGACUUUUGGAUUAAAAUUAUUCAAAUUUCGAACGAGAGAUCACAGAAAUUUAAAAAUAUUUGUAAGUUGGCGUACCUGUGUCUGACUUUACCGAACUCGAACGUAGAAAUCAAAAGGUUAUUUUCAUUGGUAAAUAAUAUUAGAACUAGAAACCGGAAUAGAUUGGGACAUCGUAUGGUCGGAGCAUUAUGCCGUAUUCGUAUAGAUUUAGACAGUAUGGGAACAAAAUGUUGUAACUAUCCAAUUACAGAGGAAAUUUUAAACAACUUCAAUAGUAGAAUGUAUAAAGAUGAUGACGUGCCAGAUGCAUUAAGCGAAAUAAUUGUACAAGAUCAAAUGUCAAGCGACGAUGAUGAUGUAGAGCUACAUAAUUUUGUAAAUAGUUAAUGUUAAUGUAAUAUUUUUAAUAAAAGAUAUUGUUAAGUUUCUACA